UUCUUAAUCAUUUGAACAAUCUCAUUUUGUUAUAUGAAAAUUGUGUUGAUUAUUUCUAUUUCUGGUUGAUCUGUGUUGAAUUUGGUACAGGCUUUAUUUUUUAUUUUGAUUUAUCAUCAAGCGAAGCGUUUAGAGCUUGGUUGGAUAGGGUUAGAUUGAAUUGUAAGGGUUAAAGGAAUUAUUGGAUUUGGAUUCUGUUUUGGGGUUUAUGUCUAUGGCUCUGUGAAAAAUUAACAAUUUUGAACAUCCACUGUUGGAGAGGCUGCUAUGAAAUUCCAUUUAUAUGUCUUCCUCAUUUUGCCUGUUGAUUUGGUAAAGUCAGUGGAUUGUUUUGGGAGUUGCUAAAGCUUGUUGUCUGUUCAAUUCUAAUUUCGGUGUCUGGUUUAAUUGGGUAGUUAAUUUCUGCAGUUAUCUAUAUAUGUUUAAUUUCUUGUAUGUGAUAAUGAAUAAUGAUGGCUGCUUGGGGUCCUUGUAAACUACAAUAUCAAUAAUAAGUGUGAUGCUAGAUGCUGGUGUGAGCUGCCAUUCCAUACUUGCUGAUUAUGUAUGUUAGGUUUUAUGUCUCAUUGGUAACUUAGGCUCAAGAAGAAAUUAUUAUUUUUUAUUGAAGAUGUCCCAGGAAGUUUGUUGAAUAGGAAUCUGCGUUAUUUACCACUUAUCUGGAGCAUUGUAAGAGUGCUUACCUUGUGAUUUUCUUUAUAAAGUCAAUUAAAAGAUUCUGUAGUUCUCAAUUGCUUAUACAAGUAGAGCUUCAGAAGCUUCCAGUGGGGUGUUUCUGUAGUAUUGCUUUCCGUGGUAAGUAUAUAUGCAGUUGAAAGAUAAUUAUUUGUAAGUUUAAGCCUUGCCCUUGCUUUGUUUUUUUAUAUGUUUAUUACAUUUUCAAUGAUGUUUGAUGUACCAUGGUUAUCUUUUUCCUUAGUUAUAUCUCUGUUCAAAUAGCUUUUAAAAUGUUACUGAUUUUCAACAUUGUGAUAAACCACUGAUAUUUGCAGCAUGAAGAAUGAGUUGAGAAUAUGAAAAAGAUAUAGAGAAAUGAAUAUCACAUUGUUCAGUUGCAGAACAGUGUUCUUUACAUCAUAGCUUUGUUUUAGUUUUCUUAACAGAAUGAACUACUGCCUUGAGUAAUAUUGGAGCAGUCUCUCAUUUUUUCCACCCACUUAAAGAGGGUACGAGGUGAACAGGAAGGGUAUUUGGGAACAAUGGAGCAGAAUGCUGUUAUCUAAUAUUGCCAUUUAGUUUUUAUUCCACAAAUAGAUGUUGAUCUUGAAAGAUAAAGACUCUUGUUGUUAUAUACAAUAUGUAGCACAUAGCUAUUAUAAUGAACAACAAAUUAGGGACUACAUUUAUGGACAAUCUAGUUCUCUUGAGCUGCAAGUUUGAUUAUGAAACUUGGUUGGGUAACUUGAAGCUAUCCUGGGUAAGUGUAGAGGUUGCUUUCGUUGGUUUGACCAAAAUUAUACGUGUCCUUGGUGGAUUGCUAUAGGGUACUUAAAAUGAGGUGGGAAGGCUCAUCCAUAAGUUAAAAAGAUAUUCAUGUUAUUAUAAUGCUGCUUUAGUGUUUGAACCAUCAAAUUAAAGAUGUCAUAGUUACAAUACUUUUUGAUGUUUCUCUCACGUUGAAUGCUUUUGAUCUAGCAACACCGUGUUAUUGGUUUUCCUCUUUAAUGUUAUGAGAUAUAUUGUUUCCAUGAAUAUUUUUGAGCUUGUUAAAACUUGUGGUGCGCCCCAUAACUAUUGUAUCGAAUUGCUGAUUUUUACUGUCAAUAAUGUUCAUUAUUGGUGUUUUAAUUUACACGGAACAUAAUUGACAAAAGUACUGCUGUUAACAGCAAACCAUUUUCAGUGGUGCCUGUAUCCUAAUAGGUUCCUAUGUUGAGUAACUUAUUACAGUGCACUCAAGAUGGCUGGUGCGAAACGAAGACUUUAUACUGAUUCAGAUACCCAUGCCCUUCACAAAGAGUUAGAUGAGGUCUCAUGUCCUAUCUGCAUGGACCAUCCACAUAAUGCUGUUCUCCUCUUGUGCAGCUCGCAUGACAAGGGCUGCAGAUCUUACAUUUGUGAUACGAGUUACAGGCAUUCAAAUUGCCUAGAUCGCUUUAAAAAAUUAAGGGACAAUUCUAGUAGCAAUACAACCUUACCUAGCUCUUUACCUAUCAACUCACUCAGUUCCAGUGAUACUCCUGAAACAAGCUUGAUCGCUAGAAAUCAUAUGCUUGGUGGAAAUGAAUAUCAAAAUGUAAAUGAAAGCAACAAUUCAACCUCUGUUGGAAUGCCUGAGAGACUAGAAAAUAGUGUGCGAGGUCCUAAUGGGCAGUUAGAAACACAAGGUGGCAGCAUUCUGGAAGGUGGUGAUUCUGUGUCAUUUCGUGAUAGGAUUGAACUUGAGGGGCCUGGUGUGGGGAACUCAUCAGAGUCAGAGUUGAGUUUAAAAUGCCCUUUAUGCCGGGGAACUGUACUAGGGUUGGAGGUUAUAGAAGAUGCCAGAAAAUAUCUUAACUUGAAGAAGCGAAGUUGCUCCCGAGAAUCUUGCUCGUUUGUUGGAAACUACCAAGAAUUGCGAAGACAUGCUAGGAGAGUUCAUCCUACAACACGACCCUCUGAUGUUGAUCCAUCUAGAGAACGAGCUUGGAGAUGCAUUGAGCGCCAGAGAGAAUAUGGUGACAUUGUCAGUGCCAUUCGUUCAGCUAUACCGGGUGCUGUCGUUGUUGGGGAUUAUGUGAUUGAGAAUGGUGAUAGAUUUCCUGUUGAAAGGGAAGGUGGGACAGGUGAAGUUAAUGCACCAUGGUGGACUACUUUCUUUUUGUUUCAGAUGAUUGGCUCAAUUGAUGGGGCAGCUGAACCAAGGGCUCGGUCAAGACCUUGGACAAGGCAUCGCAGAUCCGCUGGAGCAUUACCUGAGCGUCGGUUUCUCUGGGGUGAGAAUCUGUUGGGUCUACAGGAUGAUGAUGACAUCAAUGAUGAUGAUGAUGAUUUGCAUGUAUUAAGUGAUGCAGGUGAAGAUGCUUCUCCAGUCCCAAGAAGACGCCGGCGUUUGACUCGAUCAAGGUCUGAUGAUCAGUCAUGAGAGGUGAUUGCAAUUCUCUGGUAAAUCUCAGGUUUGUUGACACAAGUUAAAUAUCUCUACUGGAAUUGUAUUACAGAUUGCAAUAUCCUGACCCAAUGAGUAUCUUUACCAUUAAUGUCCCAGUAAUGUGCAGAAACUGCUAGCAGGAUCAUUAUGGUGAUUAAGAAUCAGAUGUCAGGAACCCAGGAAGACUGGGCUGAUGGCUGAGCAAGAAAAUUUGUUCAAUGAAUAUAAAUUCUGGGUAUAUUCUGUUUGAACUUUUCAGUUCCUUACAGGGGAGGAUGUGACUACAAGAACCAUCAAAGAUCAAUCUGUCAAUUGUUUUCAUGGCUUUCGGACUAUAUCUAUUCAGUUGGAACUGGAUUUUAUUGCUUAAUUUCUUUGGUAGACCUUGGAUUGUACAUAUGUCAAGUUGAUGGUUCCUUGUGGUCGACAUCUUUGUUUCAUUGCUGGCAGAUAUUUUUCCCUGAUUUUAGAUCUAAAUUGAUUGGGAAGUUGGAUUGUUGCGUGUAUUCUUCUCACUUUGAAAUGGGAUAUUAUUCCCGAUUGUUAUAGCUUAGUUCUCAUUUGAUCUGAAGCUCGCAGAAAGCAUGGAAUUUUUGAGAUCUUUUAAUUGUAAUUAUGAAAAUCCUAUGGUGGAUUUAGUGCAUUAUCUUCUGAUGAUUAUGGUGGUUGCACUUGUUAUUUGUAAUAUCUGCUGAGCCGCUUAUCAUAUUUCAAUGUCAUUUUGAUGAUGUAUUGGCGCAUAUACUCACAACUACAGUUCCUUUUCCCUA